GCGCGGGUGCUAAAAACAAAAAAAAGUAGGAAAAACUUGAGUAGUUGAGUGAGUCGAACCGGACGUAAAAACUAUUAUGAUAAGAAUUAAAGAAUAGUUUGUCUGUAGUUCUUUAACAACAAAAUGAUGGAGCCAGAACUCGUUGAAGAUUUCUUUGGAGUUUAUUUAUUGUACAACAUUAACCCCAAAUAUAAGGGUCGUACAUACAUUGGCUACACCAGAGAUCCAAAUAGAAGAAUAAUGCAACAUAACAGAGGAACGUGGGCUGGUGGUGCGCUUAGGACAAGUAAUAGAGGACCAUGGAAAAUGGUCAUGAUUGUACACGGGUUCCCUAACAACAUAUCUGCUUUGCGGUUUGAAUGGGCCUGGCAGAACCCAACAAAGACAACAAGACUGCAGCACUUGUCCCUAAAGAGAGUGCCCAGGAAGGAGACAGAGUUCCACUUUCAGCUCCGAGUUGUCAGUGAAAUGCUUAGGGUCGGGCCGUGGUGUCGACUGCCGCUCACCAUCAGAUGGCUAGAGAAAGACUUUUAUGAAGAAUUUCCACCUGAAAGAGAACCUCCAACUCACAUGAAAAUAUGCCAUGGACCAGUCAAGAGUAAGAACCUGAAGAAACCCAAGAAAACCUUCCAUGCAACCCACACGGAAUGCCUCAUCUGCUCCGGCUACAUAACCAGACCCGACUCUAAGCUAUCCUGCUUAAAUCCUCAUUGUGACCUCAUAUCUCACAUAACAUGUCUCGCCCAGUUAUUCUUAGAACCGUCUGAAUUUGUCCCCAUACAAGGACAGUGUCCUUUCUGUGGUACAGUGCUUAAAUGGGGUGAAUUAAUAAGGAAAAUGAGAGGUUGUGGUCAGGGUACAUUGAGCCAGGAAGAUGAUAAUGGCAGCAAUGAUGAUGAUGAAGUUUUGUCACAAGACAGAGCAUUUGUUGAUAAUAAUUCCAUUUGGUUACAAGACUGUGAUGAGUUAUGACAAAAAAUAUAUGUGUGUAACAUUACGUUUUUAUUUUUUCAAUUAGGGGGAGAAACGAAACGAAACGCUAUUGUCUUUCUAUCACACUUCCUUAUUAGUGCGAUAGAGACAGAUAGCGUUUCGUUUCGUUUUUCUGCAAACGAUUAUCAUCUUGACUAGGCAACGGCGAAAACGGGUGUUUUCGCCGUUUUCUAGCUCUGAUUCCAGAUGGUAAUUAUUUCGGUUUUAUUCCGUUUGUGUUACUAGAUGGCGCUAAAUUUAAUAACUGUACGGAUAGAUUGAACCUUGUAAAUUUUUACUAUCUCCUCCAUAUUUAUUUCAACCAACAUAAUAAGUAGGUAGGUACCUAUAGUUGGUCAAA